UAACUAUCCCGGCAAAGGCUUCCUUAAGCCGCCGCUAAGAAGGUCAUGGCUCGGCUGCGCUAGCUGCAGAAGUGUGCGGCUAGCUGACACUGACAGCCUCUUUAGCCUUUAGCACCAGUUUCAUUCAUCUGACAGUGGCGUUAACCGCCGCAAACAUGCAGGAAUGGGCCAACCAGCUAUGCGAGAAUCGACAAUUUGGAUCCAAGAUGACUGACUCUAAGUAUUUCACGACCACCAAGAAAGGUGAAAUCUUUGAGCUCAAGGCAGAGCUGAACAGCGAUAAGAAAGAGAAGAAGAAGGAGGCUGUGAAGAAGGUCAUUGCAUCUAUGACAGUUGGCAAGGAUGUCAGUGCUCUAUUCCCAGAUGUUGUGAACUGCAUGCAGACAGACAACCUGGAACUGAAAAAGCUGGUUUACCUGUAUCUGAUGAACUAUGCAAAGAGCCAGCCAGACAUGGCCAUCAUGGCUGUUAACACCUUUGUGAAGGACUGUGAAGACCCUAAUCCUCUUAUCCGUGCUCUGGCUGUUCGUACAAUGGGCUGCAUUCGUGUGGACAAGAUUACAGAGUACCUCUGUGAGCCACUUAGGAAAUGUCUGAAAGAUGAAGACCCAUAUGUAAGGAAGACUGCUGCUGUGUGCGUAGCAAAGCUCCAUGAUAUCAAUGCCCAGUUGGUGGAGGACCAGGGCUUCCUGGACACCCUUAAGGACCUCAUCUCUGACUCCAACCCUAUGGUUGUAGCAAAUGCAGUGGCAGCGCUGUCUGAAAUAGCAGAGUCUCACCCCAACAGUAACCUACUGGACCUAAACCCUCAGACCAUCAAUAAGUUACUGACAGCUUUAAAUGAGUGUACAGAAUGGGGACAGAUAUUCAUUCUUGACUGUCUGGCCAAUUACACGCCUCGUGAUGAUCGUGAGUCCCAAAGCAUCUGUGAGCGUGUGACCCCACGACUGUCUCAUGCCAACUCUGCAGUGGUUUUGUCAGCAGUAAAAGUUCUAAUGAAAUUCAUGGAGAUGCUGCCCAAAGACCUGGAUUAUUAUGGCACUCUGCUCAAGAAGCUCGCCCCUCCACUGGUUACUCUUCUCUCUGCUGAGCCUGAGUUACAAUACGUGGCUCUUAGAAACAUCAACCUCAUUGUACAAAGACGCCCUGAAAUCCUGAAGCAUGAGAUGAAGGUUUUCUUUGUAAAGUACAACGAUCCAAUCUAUGUCAAGUUGGAGAAACUGGACAUCAUGAUUCGCCUCGCAUCACAGGCUAACAUUGCACAGGUCCUGGCAGAGCUGAAGGAAUACGCCACUGAGGUGGAUGUGGACUUUGUCCGUAAAGCAGUCAGAGCCAUUGGCCGCUGUGCCAUCAAAGUAGAGCAAUCAGCAGAGCGUUGUGUCAGCACUCUGCUAGACCUCAUCCAGACCAAGGUGAACUAUGUGGUGCAGGAGGCCAUUGUGGUAAUCAAGGACAUCUUCCGCAAGUAUCCCAACAAGUAUGAGAGCGUCAUCGCCACUCUCUGUGAAAACCUGGACUCCCUGGAUGAACCGGAGGCACGUGCCGCCAUGAUCUGGAUUGUGGGAGAGUAUGCCGAACGCAUCGACAAUGCUGAUGAGCUGCUUGAAAGCUUUUUGGAGGGUUUUCACGAUGAAAGCACUCAGGUGCAAUUGCAGCUGCUGACGGCAAUUGUGAAGUUGUUCUUAAAAAAACCAACUGAGACCCAGGAGCUGGUGCAGCAGGUGCUGAGUCUGGCCACACAGGACUCUGAUAACCCAGACCUCAGGGAUCGUGGCUACAUCUACUGGCGCCUGCUCUCCACCGACCCGGUGGCAGCCAAGGAGGUUGUUCUGGCUGAGAAGCCGCUCAUCUCUGAGGAGACUGAUCUGAUUGAGCCCACACUGCUGGAGGAGCUCAUUUGUCACAUUGGCACCCUGGCCUCUGUAUACCACAAGCCACCAAGUGCCUUUGUGGAGGGCAGCCGUGGAGUUCAGCACAAGAGGCUUCCUGGCAGUGCUGGAUCUGGGGAAAGUGUCGAGAGCCCAGACACAGGUACUGCUGCUGCUGUCGCUUCAGAAGCACCCCCUGCUGUCAUCCCAUCUCAAGGAGACCUCCUGGGAGAUCUGCUGAAUCUGGAUCUGACACCUCCUACUACCACUGGACCUCCACCCCCCUCUUCUGGUUUGCAGAUGGGUGCAAUGGACCUUCUUGGAGGGGGUUUGGACAGCUUGAUGGGGGAUGAGUCUGAGCCGCCGCCCAUUCCCCUGCGGAUGGACAGUCAGUCACCUCAGCUCUCACAUCAAUCCCCAUCGCCCCCAGAUUACAGCCCCACAGAGCUUGGGGGAGACCUUGGAGGAAGUCCUGCUAUGGGGACCGGUUUUGGUGCUACUCCAGCUGCGAUGCCCGCCUCUUUUAAUGCUCCUGUUAGCAGUGGUCUGGAUGACUUGUUUGAUCUUGGAGGUGGGGUUGGUAUGCCAAUGGGUGCCUACAGCCCUCCGAAAACAGUUUGGCUUCCAGCCAUGAAGGGCAAGGGUCUGGAGAUAUCGGGCACUUUUGCUCGCCGCGCUGGGGUCAUCCAAAUAGAGAUGACCCUCACUAAUAAAGCCAUGAGUGUCAUGAGCGAUUUCGCCAUUCAGUUUAACAGAAACAGCUUUGGUCUUGCGCCAGCCGGUCCACUCCAAGUUCUCACUCCUCUUAGUCCGAACCAGAGUAUUGAAGUAACCCUUCCUCUCAACACCGUGGGGCCUGUCAUGAAGAUGGAUCCUCUCAAUAACCUGCAGGUGGCCGUUAAGAACAACAUUGACGUCUUCUACUUCAGCUGCCAGUACCCUAUCAGCAUGUUAUUUGUAGAGGACGGGAAGAUGGAGCGACAGGUGUUCCUUGCCACAUGGAAAGACAUUCCCAAUGAAAAUGAGUCGCAGUUUCAAAUCAAAGACUGCCAUCUCAAUUCAGAUGCAGCCUCCAACAAACUGCAGGGUAGCAACAUUUUCACCAUAGCCAAGCGUACAGUGGACGGCCAGGACAUGCUGUAUCAGUCCAUGAAGCUGACAAAUGGCAUAUGGGUGCUGGCUGAGUUGCGGGUGCAGGCAGGAAAUCCAAACUUUACAGUCUCUCUGAAGUGCAGAGCUCCAGAGGUUUCCCAGUGUGUGUUCCAGGGAUACGAGACAGUGCUGAAGAACUGAACAAGCCUCCGAUAGCGCAGCCACUGCCCUCACAGAGUCCUGGCUCCUCCUCCCACACUCUCUCACCUGACCCACAGACCAUAUUACAGCCUCAUUCAGUACAGCAGCUACUUUUGACUUAUGACUCUGUAUGUCAUGCAGCCGUUUCAUUAGAAUGGCUAAUGAUUUAAUGAACACAUUUCAGCCUCCAUGUAUGUAUUUUUUUCUGGGUGAGUUCUAGCCUUGCUUCCCUCUUUCUUUGUGCAAUUGUUUAUUUUCAGAAUAUUACCUGAUUAUAAAUGAUCGCAGUGAACACUCAGACUUAGCGGGUCCUCCACUGCCUGAGCUCUCUGUGUGUGUCAACCUUUAUCUUGAGGACAGGCAGCUGUAGGACUUUUAUUCCCAUGACUCUGCAUGAGGCUCUUUAAUCAGUAUCUAGCCUCAGUUCUGCAAAUUAGGGUCUAUUUUAGUGCCAGCAAUCAGAAGGUGAAUUGUGACUGUCGGCAUAUUUAUUUGGGACACAUUAAAUUGAAGUGCAACAGAAUAAGGCUUUAAUUCUAUGAACUCUCUGACUAAGUAGUGGGACUUGGCUAUAAAAAGCCUUUAAAGACACAGCUACGUACAAACUACAUUAUUGUUGUCUCUUUUUUUGUUUUCUUUUUUCUUCAGUGUCUGUGUUUUGCAGUGGGAGUGGAUCCUGUGAGACCAGGAUGUCUGAUGUUUGGUGUGUGCAUGGAAACUGUUGUUUAGUUUUAAUUUUGACAUCAAUACCUUUACUUUUAUAGACUAGCAGUAGUUGAUCACUUACUGCUCUCUUACUUAGUCAUUCCAUGGUUUAAUUUGUGUUUGUAGUCUUGACGCAGGUGCAAACUGGCAGAGAGCCUCAGAAUUUCUCAUAUGCGGCUUUGUUUGUGUCCAUGACAGCCACACGGGGGCUUUCUGCCGCUUUGCUCCCUCCAUAUCCUCAUCCCCACUUUUCGCGUGGCGCGGCCACCUGAGAUGAAGGCGCCGUAAGACGCCGCUAAACUCGUGAUGUCACAGUUUGUGACAUUACAGAGUCAUGAAGAGCACGCGUAGGGAGCGCACCCUGUCCCAGCUGAGCAAAGACUAGUACAACGUCCAGUAGCUCUGUUUAACCCACAGACUGUACACAAUAAUUGGAUUUGUCCGAGUCAUUACUCUAAAUGCCUUGUUAUCAGCUGUGCAGGAUGUAUGCGCCUAUGCCAACACUUCAACAGAUUAUGACAGCGGUGGCCGUGAGUGCGUCCUUGUGUGGUGACAGCUAAUUCAUACAACUGCUGUAAAAAAAUGUUUAAUCAGAUGUUUUUGAUUGGGAUAAUUUGUGUGUACAUCAUUUGAAAAGGACUAUUAAAAGUCUUGAUAAAUUCACAA